AUGCCUGCAUCCAUCUACCACCCUGCUUUGAGUGUCGCCAUAAUUGGAGGCGGCAUUGGUGGGCUCUGCACGGCUCUCUCCCUUAGCCACCAUUGUGGGAGUGCACUCGAUAUAGACAUCUAUGAGCAAGCACCGCAAUACAAAGAAAUCGGCGCCGGAGUCGGCAUCGGUGUCAAUGCUGCCAAGUUGCUCCAUAAGAUAGGCCUCGGUGACACUGUAUCAAAGAUUGCAGGCAGGAGGAGCGGCAUUUGGAUCACCUUUCGCAAAUUUGACGACGGUACUGAUGUCGUGACAGUACCAUCUGUAGAUACAGACCAAGUCAAGCAAUUGCCGGUGCACAGAGCAGAAUUUCUCGAUUUGCUGGUCGACACCGUAAAGGAGAGGAACGCGGCCAGACUCCAUACCAACAAGCGAUGUCGGAAACUUACGGAGGAGGGAGACCAGGUUCUGAUCGAAUUUGAGGAUGGAACAAAGGCGAAGGCAAAUCUGGUCAUUGGUUGUGACGGCAUACAUUCUGCUGUCAGGGCGCAAUUUACCAGGGAUAAUCCCGAGUAUAGUGGAAGAAUCGCAUAUCGCGGAUUGGUGCCCAUAUCAGAAAUCGAGGACUGGUGGGGGUUCGAGACGUAUUCGGUAACAUGGUUGGGAAAGAACAGGCAUUUCCUUUGCUUUCCGAUCUCGCAGAACAAGACACUGAACAUUGUUGCCUUUGUCGCCGAGGACGAAGAGAAUCUGGGCGAUCUAAGGGAAAGCUGGACAGCGGUCGGUAAGAGAGAGGACGUGUUUGAGGCUUUCGAAGGAUUUGAAGAAAAAGUCCAGAGGAUCAUUCGGCUCAUGCCAGAGCAACCAUCAAAAUGGCUGAUAAAUGAUCGAAAACCGCUGGAUCAGUGGGUAUAUCUGGGAGGCAAGGUUGUGCUGCUUGGAGACGCCGCUCACGCCAUGACGCCUCAUCAAGGCGCUGGUGCUGGCCAGGCGAUUGAGGACGGGUAUAUUUUAGGCCGCGCGCUGCAGGACUACUUCAGAGCUUCACCUUCUUCAAGAGAACACGGCCUCGAGCCUUGGAUGGCUCUGUACCAAGGUGUGCGGCUCCCACGAGCCCAGAAAGUUCAGCGAACAUCCCGAGACGCUGUCGAGGUUUAUCAAGCUCAGGCGGAUAUCAUGAAGGAUCUACCUUUUGACCAAUGUGUGCCGGAAAUCCAUAAGCGUGUCAUUAACCGAAUGCGAUGGGUUUGGACCGAUGAUAUUGAUGCCGAGUACGAGGAUACGCUGAAGGAGCUGAAGGAGCCGGGGGCAGUCUAG